AUGUUGAAACUUAAGCAUCUUUUCUUUUCUUUAGUUUUAUUAAAAUGUAUAGAAUCCUUCCGUUAUCCCAAUGAGGGGAGAUUUAACCUGUUGCUGGGUGGUGUGGACAUUAAUAAUAAAGCCAAUUUAAAGUCAAAUUCAUCCAAUUUCCAUGAAAAUAAGCGGGAUUUCGGUUUAAAAAUGAAUCCCACAUCCAGCAGUAAUAUAUUUACUCUGGACGAUUUGUUUUCUGAAGAUUCGAACAGCGAUGAUUCCCUUGAACAGCCUGAAUUAGCAGUGUGUACGCUGGGACCCAGUUCCGACCCAGUUCUGGACCUGAACACUCAACAAUUUGAAAAUGACCCUAAAGAUGAGUCGGAGCUAGAUGGAAUUAAACACAAUUUCUCACUGAGAAUGAUGGGAGGAGGCCAUACCCUUAACUCAGAGGACUACACAGACAAGGCCUGGGAAGCAAUCAGCUCGUUGACAGAGAUUGCGAACCAAUUCGACUCCUCUUACGUUGAAGGAGAUAUGCUGCUAUACGCCCUGUUAAACUCAGAGGAGGACUCGAUAGUGCAUAAGAUUCUGCAAACUUCAGGGGUUGACACGGCUCAGAUGAAAAAGGACCUUGAGGCCCAUCUGCGUAAACAGAUUAGAAUGUCUGGCUCAUUCGGAGACAGGAAGAUCCUUGGAAGAAUUUUGGAGAACGUAUUGACGAUUUCAAAGCGCUACAGAUCGGAGUUUGGGGACGACUUCAUAAGUGUCGAACACUUGCUGCUCGGAUUGGCGGCAGAAGACUCCAAGUUCACGAGACCCUGGCUGUCGAAGAACAAGGUCACCUUUGAAAAGUUGAGAAAUGCGGUCAACACAGUGAGAGGGAAAAGGAAAGUGACCUCGAGGAACCCAGAACAGAGUUUUAAGCAACUGAGUAAAUAUAGUAAGGAUUUAACUGCAAUGGCCAGAAGUGGGAAGCUGGACCCAGUGAUAGGAAGAGACAACGAGAUCAGGAGAACUAUAGAGAUCCUGAGCAGAAGAACUAAGAAUAACCCAGUUCUGCUGGGAGACCCGGGAGUGGGUAAGACGGCAAUAGCAGAGGGGCUGGCUAACAGAAUAGUAUCUGGAGACGUGCCGGAUUCCUUGAAGGACCGCAGAGUGCUAUCGCUAGACUUAGCAUCGAUUGUGGCAGGUACGAUGUACAGGGGCGAGUUCGAGGAGAGGCUCAAGGAGAUACUGAAGGAGGUGGAAAACUCCCAGGGCGAAAUCGUGAUGUUCAUCGACGAGAUACACACGGUGGUGGGAGCGGGUGACUCCCAGGGGUCGCUGGACGCAAGCAACAUCCUGAAGCCGCUUUUGGCGCGGGGAGAGUUGCGUUGCAUAGGUGCAACCACGCUUCAGGAGUACAGGCAGAAGAUUGAGAAGGACAAGGCGCUGGAACGCCGUUUUCAGCCAGUAUACGUUGACCAACCGAGUGUGGAGGAAACAAUUAGUAUACUGAGAGGGUUAAGGGAAAGGUAUGAAGUGCAUCACGGAGUGCGUAUACUGGAUUCUACACUGAUCCAGGCUGCACAGCUGAGUGACCGUUACAUCAGUGAUCGAUUCUUGCCUGAUAAGGCAAUCGAUUUAGUAGAUGAAGCAGCUGCGAGGCUGAAGAUACAGCUGAGCAGUAAGCCACUGCAGCUGGAUGCAAUAGAACGGAAACUGUUGCAGCUGGAAAUGGAAAGAAUAUCAAUAACGAACGACGAAGGAGACGUCGGACUGCUCCCAAACACGAAGAAUAAGAGCAGCAGGCAGGAGCAGAUGCGUCUGAAGCACAUAGAGGAUCUUGUACAGAAGUUAAAUAAGCAAAAGGAGGAGUUGAAUGAGAUGUGGGUGAAGGAGAAAUCGCUGGUUGACGGAAUCAGGAACGUGAAGGAAAGGAUGGACGUGGUGAAGAUAGAGAUAGAAAAGGCGGAAAGAGACUUCGACCUGAACAGAGCAGCAGAGCUGCGUUUCGAGACGCUGCCAGACCUUGAGAAGCAGCUGAAGGAAAAUGUGCAGAACUACGAGGAGUACAUCAAGAAGGUGAUUGAGAGCGGUGGACAGAUACUGCUGAGAGACCAGGUGACCAAGGAGGACGUGGCCACCGUGGUCAGCAAGUGGACCGGGAUACCACUCGAAAAGCUAGUGAAGAGUCAGAAGGAAAAGAUGCUGCACCUGAACCAGGAGCUGCACAAGAGAAUCGUGGGACAGCAGGAGGCAAUCGACGCAGUGGUCCACGCAGUGCAGAGGUCGAGGGUGGGCAUGAACGACCCGAAGAAGCCAAUCGCGGCUCUGAUGUUCCUGGGACCCACCGGAGUGGGAAAGACCGAGUUGUCGAAGGCCAUCGCAGAGCAGCUGUUCGACACCGAGGAGGCGAUCGUCAGAUUCGACAUGAGCGAGUACAUGGAAAAGCACAGCGUGUCACGGCUGGUCGGAGCUCCGCCGGGCUACGUGGGCUUUGAGCAGGGCGGACUGCUGACUGAGGCAGUGCGGAGGAAGCCGUACUCGAUAGUGCUGUUCGACGAGAUAGAAAAGGCGCACCCCGAGGUCUUCAACAUUCUCCUGCAAGUCCUGGACGACGGAAGGCUCACCGACUCGACCGGCAGGAGAGUCAACUUCACGAACUCGCUCAUCAUCUUCACCUCGAACCUGGGCAGUCAGAACAUUUUGGAGCUCGCCAGGUUCCCGGAGAAGAGGAACGAGAUGAAGAACAAGGUCAUGGCCUCGGUCAGGCAGACCUUCUCGCCCGAGUUCCUGAACCGCGUCGACGAGUUCAUCGUCUUCGACUCGCUCUCGAAGCAGGAGCUGAAGAAGAUCGUGAACAUGGAGAUGGAGCGGCUGAGCGACCGCCUCGCCGAGAAGAACAUUCGGCUCUCCGUGGACGACGCGGCCAUGAGCCACAUCGCCGACAUCGGCUACGACCCUGCCUACGGCGCGCGCCCGCUCAAGAGGACGAUUCAGAAGCAGAUCGAGUCUCCGAUCGCCGUCGGCAUCCUCUCCGACGCCUACAAGGAGAACGACAACAUCCUCGUGACCUUCAGGGACGGGAACCUGCUGAUUCAGAGUCAAGUGUAA